AUAUAUGUAUAUGUGGCUCAAAAAAAUAAGUCCAAUGAUCAGAAUACAAGGAUGUCCAAACAUUAUCUUAUCUUAUAGAAGAUAUUCUUACAACGUAUUCACCACUCAUUCCAUUGCUCCCCCAGCAACCAUAAUUUUAUUUUACAACAAACUUAAAAAAAAAUCUGUAAAGUAACAUAUUAACCACUCAUUCAUCAACCAUAAUUUUCAUUGUGAAUAUAAACACUCACCAAAGAGUUGUUUUUCAGCUUGGUUGCAUCUAUAGCUAUGGCCACUCAUGCAGCUUUAGCUUCUACAAGAAUCCCUACAAACACAAAGUUUUCAUCUAAGGCCUCUUACUCUUUCCCAACUCAAUGUGCCUCAAAGAGACUUGGGUUUGCUGAAUUCUCAGGACUAAAAUCAACUUCAUGUGUUACCUAUGCCAUUAAUGCUAGAGAGUCUUCUUUUUUUGAUGUUGUAGCUGCUCAAGUUACUCCCAAGGUCACUGGAUCAACUCCUGUGAGAAGAGAGACUGUGGCUAAGUUGAAGGUAGCAAUCAAUGGUUUUGGACGCAUUGGUAGAAAUUUCCUCAGAUGCUGGCACGGUCGAAAGGACUCUCCCCUUGAAGUAAUUGUUGUCAAUGACAGUGGUGGUGUCAAGAAUGCUUCACACUUGUUGAAAUAUGAUUCUAUGCUCGGAACUUUUAAAGCUGAUGUGAAAAUCCUAGAUAAUGAGACCAUUACAGUUGAUGGUAAACCCAUCAAGGUUGUCUCUAGCAGGGAUCCUCUUAAGCUUCCUUGGGCUGAACUUGGAAUUGACAUUGUUAUUGAGGGAACAGGAGUGUUUGUGGAUGGACCUGGAGCUGGCAAACACAUUCAAGCAGGUGCCAAGAAAGUUAUCAUCACUGCUCCUGCAAAGGGUGCUGAUAUUCCAACUUAUGUUGUCGGAGUCAAUGAACAAGACUAUGGCCAUGAAGUAGCCGACAUCAUAAGCAAUGCUUCUUGUACCACAAACUGUCUUGCUCCCUUUGUGAAGAUCCUAGAUGAAGAGUUUGAAAUUGUGAAGGGAACCAUGACAACCACACAUUCCUACACAGGAGAUCAGAGGCUUUUGGAUGCUUCACACAGGGACUUGAGAAGAGCUAGGGCUGCAGCACUGAACAUUGUCCCCACCAGCACCGGAGCAGCCAAGGCCGUGUCUCUAGUGCUACCACAGCUCAAGGGAAAGCUCAACGGAAUCGCCCUUCGUGUGCCUACACCUAAUGUUUCAGUUGUUGACCUUGUUGUGAAUGUUGCAAAGAAGGGUAUUUCAGCUGAAGAUGUCAAUGCAGCAUUCAGAAAGGCAGCUGAGGGGCCGUUGAAAGGUAUAUUGGAUGUCUGUGAUGUUCCACUUGUGUCUGUUGACUUCCGCAUGUCCGAUGUUUCUUCUACCAUUGACUCUUCCCUGACUAUGGUCAUGGGAGACGAUAUGGUUAAAGUGGUUGCUUGGUAUGACAAUGAAUGGGGUUACAGCCAAAGAGUGGUGGAUUUGGCACAUCUAGUAGCAAACAAAUGGCCAGGCACCCCUAAAGUAGGGAGUGGAGAUCCAUUGGAGGACUUCUGUGAGACAAAUCCAGCCGAUGAGGAAUGCAAAGUUUACGAAUAGAGGAGAAUCAUUUUCUGACUUGAUUAUUACCUCUACAAGAAAACCAUUUGUUUUGCCUUUUGUUAUUAACGUAUGAUAUCAUUUAUAUGAUGAGAAAGAAGAACAAAUUGUUCAGACAAUGUGUUAUGUGAUGUCUGAGGGAUUGAUAAUAAGUUUUUAAGUUAUCUGUCGCCAAUGAGUUUUGGCAUAACAAUGAUUCAUAAGUAUCAUUAUAUAUUGAUAACAAUGCACUUCUAUCUGAUUUGAUGAUCA